ACUAUAUUACAUUGCUUUGUCUCUCAUCUUCUCUUUCAUUUCAACCUUCUCUUCUUUUUCUUCUUUCUAUCAGUUCUCACUGAUUCUCAUUACCAAAACUAGAAAAUGGGUUUUGAUUUGAGACAAGUAGUUGCUGGUAUUCUCACUCUCACUAUGUUUGUUAUGCUUAUCCAUAUGAUUAAAAGAGACCAUUUUGAUUCUGUUCAAGAUAAUAAAUUUCCAGGAUCAACAGAUGACGUAACCUAUGAAAAUGUAAAGAUGGAUACUACACAUGUAAGAAAGAAUAUAGGGCUUUGGAAGGGAGAUACUGAUGAGUUAAAACAGUGUUGGGUUAAGCCGUCUGGAGACGAAGUGGAGCAGACGGACGGGUUCGUUACCUUUUCACUAACCAAUGGUCCAGAGUACCACUUAUCUCAGAUAGCUGAUGCGGUCAUUGUGGCUAGAAAUCUUGGAGCAUCACUUGUGAUCCCUGACAUUAGAGGAAGCCAACCUGGUGACAAGAGGAACUUUGAGGACAUUUAUGAUGUUGAUGUGUUCAUGAAAAGCAUGGAAGGAGUGGUCAAAGUGGUGAAAGAUCUUCCUUCUCAUGUAACAACUAAGAAAAUUGCUGCCGUGAAGGUCCCUAAUCGGGUUACCGAAGAUUACAUAGCUCGACACGUCGAACCAAUUUAUAGAUCAAAGGGAAACGUAAGGCUAGCGACUUACUUUCCUUCAAUAAACAUGAGAAAGUCGGGGAAAAAAGGUGACACUGAUUCCAUUGCAUGCUUGGCAAUGUAUGGAAGUUUGGAGUUGCAGCCGGAAAUACAUGACCUUGUUGACUCAAUGGUUGAAAGACUUAGAACUUUAAGCCGAAAAUCAGAUGGUCAAUUUAUAGCCGUGGACUUGAGAGUUGAGAUGUUGAACAAGAAGGGUUGCCAAGGAAAUGAUGAUAAUGAUGGAGAAAAGACCUGUUUCAAUGCACAAGAGAUUGCAGUGUUUUUGAGGAAGAUUGGUAUUGAUAAGGAUACCACAAUUUAUUUGACACAAUCAAGAUGGGAUGAUAGCCUUGAUUCUCUUAAGGACCUGUUUCCCAAAACUUACACGAAGGAAUCCAUCAUGCCGGCAGAUAAGAAGACAAAGUUCCUAGAUUCUAAAGAUUCUGAAUUGGAGAAUGUGAUCGACUUUUACAUUAGUACUGAGAGUGAUGUUUUCGUACCAGCAAUUUCGGGUCUAUUGUAUGCGAACGUAGCUGGUAAAAGGAUUGGUUCUGGUAAAACACAAAUAUUAGUUCCGGCCGUGAUUUCAGAUUCAUCGGCUUCAGCCUCAAGCUUCUUAUCCCCUUAUAUCUCCAAGAAAAACCACUUUGCAUAUUCUUGUUAUUGUUAGUAGUAUGUUGUUUGUCAAUGUAACAAUGCAUUCAAGAGUUUCAGUUUUUUUAGGGCCCAAGGUCUUUUGUUUGCAGAUUUUAAUGAAAUUUUCAGCAAAAAGGGAGAAUCAAGUGUUCACUAGAUUGAAAUUUUUGUCAUUUAACAUGUAUGUACACAAGGCUUUCUAUUCACAUAUUUGGCUUGUAAAAUUAUGGCUGCCCCAUAAUUCUUGUUCUUAAAUGAGUGAAACAAUUGAUACUGCAUUCAUUGACUUUGGCUAUUUAUUGCAUGUUUUGAUAGAUAAA